UGCUUGCACAUUUAAAAGUGACUUUGUUUUAAAAGAAGUUAUUUUAUGAGUCAUUUGGAGGAAAGUCUGAUUUACUAACAUGUUGGUCUCUUGUCUGAUAGCAUAAGCAUCUCCAUUAUUUGUAGUAUUGUUACAAGACUCCAAUACUCCUCAGUGCUUUUAGUCAUGCUGGGGAAAAACAUCACUCUGGUCAGUGAAUUCAUCUUGGUGGGCUUCCCCACUGCCCCAUGGCUACAAGUCCUGCUCUUCUUCCUCUUCCUUGUGGUCUACUUGCUGGUGAUAAUAGAGAAUCUUAUCAUCAUGCUCACUGUUUGGAUCACUGGCUCCCUCCAUAAGCCCAUGUACUAUUUCCUGAGUAGCUUGUCCUUUCUGGAGGUCUGGUAUGUCUCUGUCACAGUCCCCAAGAUGCUGGAUGGAUUCCUUUUGCAGAAACGGCGCAUCUCCUUCACAGGUUGCAUGACCCAGCUCUACUUCUUUAUCUCGCUCGCCUGCACAGAGUGUGUGCUUCUGGCAACCAUGGCCUAUGACCGCUAUGUGGCCAUUUGCCACCCUCUCCAAUACCCAGUCAUUAUGACCACAGGUUGUUGUGUACAGCUAGUGGCGUUCUCCUAUGUAAGUGGUUUCAUGGUCUCUGUCAUCAAAGUUUAUUUCAUUUCACAUGUUGCCUUUUGUGGUUCUAAUGUCAUGAACCACUUUUUCUGUGAUAUCUCACCAAUCCUUAAGCUGGCUUGCAAAGACAUGUCCACAGCUGAGCUAGUGGACUUUGCUUUGGCUAUUGUCAUUCUUGUCUUCCCACUCAUCACCACUGUCCUUUCCUAUGUAUACAUUGUCUCCACCAUUCUGCGGAUACCCUCCACCCAGGGAAGGAAGAAAGCCUUCUCCACCUGUGCAUCCCACCUCACUGUGGUCAUAAUUUAUUAUACAGCCAUGAUUUUUAUGUAUGUUCGGCCCAGAGCUAUUGCAUCAUUUAAUUCCAACAAACUAAUCUCAGCUGUGUAUGCAGUCCUCACACCCAUGCUAAAUCCCUUCAUCUACUGCCUUAGAAACCAGGAAGUAAAAAAUGCUGUCAAAAAGACCAUGGGGGUUGGGCAGUGCCUCCUGCUUAGCUAA